GAGAGAGUUAGUGAGUUAGUGAGCGAGUUAGGUUCGGACGCGCGUAUCGGCGGCGUGAGCGCGUCCACAAGCCGCAAGCGAGCAAGAAGGACGCGGGGUUUUUUUUUUGUUUUUGCGCCUCCUCUUCUACAAACACGAAGAAGUAAGCAAAAGAUCCUCAGUUAUUGCUGCAGGGGAUUAUUAUUAUUAUUAUUAUUAUUAUGGUUUACAUGGAUUAGCUGAGAUUCGGUUCUGGACGGAUGUGCUGCGCACUUGCGGAGAGGAGACCCCACUUCGCGGAGAAGCAUCUUUUCUGACUCUGUCCACUCCACGUCGGGUUGUUGGCAUUUGGAAGGACGCCAGCCACGCCGAACAUUGCAAGUUGGCUCCAAUAAAUUGUGACAUUGUACGUCAGAUAUCAGGAAAUCGAUCCUCAAAAAAAAAAAAAAAAAAAAAAAAGAAGAAAAGAGACGUUUCUUCCCUCCUCCGCUUGUCCUCUUCCACGCCACCUCCUGAUAAAUAUGCGAUCCGGCAUGUUUGGCUCGGCUCCGUCCAUCUUCAGCAUCCAGCAGGGACUGGUUCUUGCUGAUUUUUGAUUUUUUUUCUUCUUCUUCUUCCUUUCUUGUCCAUGCAAGACCCGGAGUGGAAACAUGUCUGUCCACUUCUCUGAGAGGACCCCUGCUGUCAGAGAUGGCAUUCUGGUCCAGCACUUUCACCUCUAAAGUGCCCCGGAAGAUCUUGUUCAUGUUCACGCUCUCCCUGUCCGUCACCUACUUGUUCUACAGCUUGAUGAGCUGCUACAACUCGCUUCAGUUCCCGUUGCAGGACAACUUCGCCUACCAGGCUCGGCUGGCUACCGAGGAGACCACGUUGGUGAGGGACCAACUUUACUCCACAUCCUCCCAGGACCAGUUCACCCACAGGAGCACGGUGGUCUCCAUCGUGCACCAGGAGGAGAACGAAGUCAUAGAAGAAGAGGAUGAGGAGGAUCACGCCAGGGAUGCGAGCUGGACCGGGACUCAGGCGGCGUCCGUCACUGAACCGAUGCGGAACCGUGCGGUCAGCACCACGGAGAGCGACCUGCGGGUGAACUGCACCUCGGAUUACGGCGAGAAGAAGCUACCGCAAGCCAUUAUCAUUGGGGUGAAGAAAGGGGGGACCAGGGCGCUGCUGGAGGCUCUCAGGGUGCAUCCGGACGUCAGAGCCGUUGGGAAUGAGCCGCACUUCUUCGACAGGAACUACGAGAAGGGUCUGGACUGGUACAGAGACCUGAUGCCUUCGACGCUGGAGGGGCAGAUCACCAUGGAGAAGACCCCCAGCUACUUUGUGACCAACCACGCCCCCAAGCGCAUCCACACCAUGGCGAGGGACAUCAAACUUAUUAUUGUGGUGCGCAACCCCGUCACCCGAGCCAUUUCGGAUUACACGCAAACUCUGUCCAAGAAGCCGGAGAUCCCAACCUUUGAGGUGCUAGCAUUUAAGAACCGGACUCUGGGUCUUAUAGACGCCUCGUGGAGCGCUUUACGCAUCGGGAUAUACGCGCUGCACCUGGAGACAUGGAUGCAGUACUUCCCUUUGUCUCAAAUGCACUUUGUCAGCGGGGAGCGGCUCAUCGUGGACCCGGCGGGCGAAAUGGGCAAAGUCCAGGACUUUUUAGGCCUCAAGAGGAUCGUCACGGAUAAACACUUUUACUUCAAUAAAACUAAAGGCUUCCCGUGUCUGAAAAAACCCGAGGACAGCAGCACUCCCAGAUGCCUGGGCAAGUCCAAAGGGAGGACUCACCCCAAAAUCGAGCCGGAUGUGAUCCGACGGCUGCACAAGUUCUACAAACCCUUUAACAUGAUGUUCUACCAAAUGACGGGACAGAACUUUGAGUGGGAGCUGGAGGAGGAUGGCGUAUCGCCAGGCUCUCAGGUCUAGCGGAGCGAUGAAGACACCAGCAGCCUUCUACUUUAAAAAAAAAAAAAAAAAAAAACACUAAA